AUGGAGGAACUUUUGUCAAAACAUCGCAAAGAGCAAAAAGAUCUCCAAGGGCGGAUUACGCAGAAGAAAAAGUCCGCCACCAAGAAAACUCGCAAGGGAGUCAACGAUGAAUGUGAACAAUGGCAGCGCGAACUGUCCGAGAGACAACAAGCCGAGAUUGCGCAAUUAAAUGGAACACCCGUGGAUGGACUUGAAACCCUCAGUCUGGAGGAUGAGCAACGGACAGAUGACGAAGAUUCAAAAGAAGACAAAUCCCCCGAGAAGCCACAACAGACACAACCAGCCCCCGCGUCUACCCCAGAACCGUCGUCCAGGUCGACUCCCAAAAAGCCGAACCGUCAAAAGGCUCGCCUCGCCCGUCGUGCAGCUGAGCAAGCCGCCCAGUCAGCCGCCGCAGCAGAAGAGGCUGCAACGCAGACAAACUACCGAGGCAACGAACAAGGAAUUAUGGAUGCUGCGUUCAAGAAGCUGGGUCUGAAGGAAAUAGAAGUGACCCCGGAUGGACACUGUCUCUACUCGGCAGUUGCCAAACAGCUCGAUGAAUCGGGACUCGGCUUGCGUCCGGACCCAAGCCGGAUCGUCCUCCAGCCCUCAACACAGGCACGCAUUGACACAGUCGCUUCGCCACAACAUGAUGGUUACCGAGCUGUACGUGCAGUGACGGCAGACUUCAUUACAGAACAUAAGGAAGACUUCGAGGCCUUCAUGGAGGAGCCGCUGGACUCGUACACUCGGAAGAUCAAAUUGACUGCCGAGUGGGGAGGGCAGCUGGAGCUGCAGGCGAUUGCCCGAGCAUACGGUGUGGAGAUCAACGUUGUACAGAGUGAUGGACGGAUGGAAAAGAUUGAAUGUGGUGAUGGUGACAGCUUUGACGAGGAGGAGAAGCGCAAGCGCGUUAUCUGGCUCGCGUACUACCGCCACACUUACGGACUCGGCGAACAUUACAAUGCCCUCGUGAAGAACUCAUAG